ACUUUCUAUGCAGGUAUACACCCCGUGUGUGUGUACCGUAGCGUUUGCCGACAUCGACCAUGUUUUGCCCUGUAUACAGUCGUGGUGCACCAGGAGCAUUGGAGUUGUUAUAAUCCCGCAUGGUGCGUCUUCGGGACGAUGUGAAUCGGUCAAAAUGGUAUGCGCUCAGCUGUAUGUAUUGUUUGAACAUGCCUCGGGCUUUGGCCUGUUCAAAGUGACCGAGUUUGAAGAAGUUGGUGUCUUUUUGCCCCAAGUUGAAGAAGCUGUUAAUAAUGCCUCAAAAUUCCAUAGCAUCGUCAGAUUGGUCGGUUUCAAGCCUUUCACUUCAGCUGCUUCUGCCCUGGAGAAUAUCAAUGCCAUUUCAGAAGGUGUACUGACGUCAGAAUUGUCUGCAUUUUUGGAAACAAAUUUGCCAGCAGUAGGCAAGAAAAGUAAGGUUCUGCUUGGAGUGGCUGAUGUCAAACUUGCUGCAGCUAUCAAUGAGGCGCUCAGUUUAUCAGUAACUCAUGUUGGAGUUGUACCUGAGAUCAUACGUGGCAUCCGGCAUCACUUGCCAAGCUAUGUGAAGGGCCUGUCACCUGCGUCUAUGAGACAGACAGAGCUUGGUCUUGGCCAUUCGUAUUCAAGAGGAAAAGUGAAGUUCAAUGUCAACAGGGCUGACAACAUGAUAAUUCAGAGCAUUAGCAUUUUAGAUCAGUUGGAUAAGGAUAUAAACACAUUUGCUAUGCGAAUGAAGGAGUGGUAUUCUUAUCAUUUUCCUGAGUUGGGAAAGAUUGUAACUGAUAACUACCAGUACAGUCUUUGUGCCGAUGCUAUUAAGGACAGAAAGACACUUUCAGAAGCUUCCUUGGAGCAACUGGAAGAAAUUCUUAUGGACCCUGCUAAGGCACAAGCAAUUCUUGAUGCAUCAAGAAUGUCCAUGGGUAUGGAUAUAUCACCCAUUGAUUUGAUGAACAUUGAGAGAUUUGCAAAGCGAGUUAUAAGUCUCUCUGCAUAUCGCGCACAGCUAGCAGAGUACUUAAAAAAUAAAAUGUCCAUGGUUGCACCUAAUCUUGCUGUGUUAAUUGGGGAGGUGGUUGGAGCACGUUUGAUUUCGCACUCGGGAUCACUGACCAAUUUGGCCAAGUAUCCAGCCUCGACUGUUCAGAUUUUGGGUGCAGAGAAAGCCCUGUUUCGUGCAAUCAAG